AUGGUGCCGCGCCCCCCACUAGCAGCCUACCAGCCGACCAGAUCCCUGAAUGGUGCCACGCCCCCACUAGCAGCCUACCAGACGACCAGAUCCCUAAAUGGUGCCGCGCCCCCACUAGCAGCCUACCAGCCGACCAGAUCCCUAAAUGGUGCCGCGCCCCCACUAGCAGCCUACCAGACGACCAGAUCCCUAAAUGGUGCCACGCCCCCACUAGCAGCCUACCAGUCGACCAGAUCCCUAAAUGGUGCCGCGCCCCCACUAGCAGCCUACCAGCCGACCAGAUCCCUAAAUGGUGCCACGCCCCCACUAGCAGCCUACCAGCCGACCAGAUCCCUAAAUGGUGCCACGCCCCCACUAGCAGCCUACCAGCCGACCAGAUCCCUAAAUGGUGUCGCGACCCCACUAGCAGCCGACUUAACCCUUAAAUGUAAAUCAUUAUGUAGAAAGGUGCAUCUUGAGGGGGACCAAGAUGGUCAUGGCAUUCUUGGCUACACUGGUAUUUCAAAUGUUAUAUGCCAGAUAUAG